AUGAUUAGUUCACAUUUAAAUCUCAUCAUGAGCAUGGCUUACAUUAUUUUUAUUGUAUAUCUUGCCAACUCUCGCACGAUCGAUCUUACAAUGGAAGCUCGAUACGAACAGUGGAUCACUCAGCACAAACGCGUCUACAGAAGCGCCGCCGAGAAGGCGCGCCGGUUCAGUAUCUUCAAGGCCAACGUUGAGUACAUUGAGUCAGCGAAUGCCAAGCCGGACCGCAAGUACAGGCUUGCAGUGAACCGGUUCGCGGAUCUCACCAACGAAGAGUUUGGUUCUACACUAAAUGCCUACCUUGAGCGGUCGCUUAGGAGAAACUAUGAAACUUUUCGUUAUGGCAACGUGACGGAUGUCCCGGAUGAAAUGGACUGGAGGAGGCUAGAUGCUGUCACGCCCAUCAAAUCUCAGGAAUCUUGUGGUUCCUGUUGGGCAUUUUCAGCCGUAGCAGCCACGGAGGGAAUCAACAAAAUCAAAACCGGCAACCUGAUUUCUCUCUCAGAACAGGAGCUGAUUGACUGCGAUGUUAACGGGCGUGAUCAUGGAUGCAGAGGAGGCACGACAAAUGGCGCCUUCUCAUUCAUCGUAAAAAAUGGUGGCAUCACAAUGGAUACUAACUAUCCCUAUGCAGCAGUUGACGGAACCUGUGACAAGGAGAAGGCUGCAACUUAUAACGCUGCAGCUACCAUUAGAGGCUACGAGUCUGUUCCAUCCAACAGUGAGUUGUCGCUGAUGAAAGCGGCGGCAAACCAACCCGUGUCAGUUUUGAUCGAUGCAAGUGGUAUGGAUUUCGCGUUUUACUCUGGAGGUGUAUUCAUGGGGGUUUGUGGGACCCACUUAAAUCACGCUGUGACGGUGGUAGGAUACGGGACGGAUUAUGAUGGAACCAGUUACUGGCUGGUGAAGAACUCAUGGGGGAAGCAUUGGGGAGAGGAGGGUUAUAUGAGGAUGCAAAGAAAUAUUGAGGCCAAGGAAGGUUUGUGUGGUAUUGCCAUGUUUCCCAUUUUUCCAAUAGCUUGA